UGCAGUUGGGGAGGGAGAAAAGGGAAGAGGCUGGGAGCGGAACGCGUGUUUAUGUGAACAAACAGAAAUCACCAAGUGUAAUUAACCUGUGUUUCUUCGGAACAAGCAUCUUGUGGGGUUUGGCUUCUGUGUUUCUAUACGAUAAGGGACUAAACCUGCCUCAGCAGAUUUGGUGCAGAGAGAAGCAUGAGAAAACCCAGGAAUGGGGGACCUCUGUUUAUUCCUGGAGAGGGGGCCAUCAGGAGAGGGGGAAGGGAAAGAAUGAGGUUACAGGAAUUACUUGUCAGAGGACUGCAUAGCCUUUCAGACCAUGGAAUCAUUGCUUUCAGCUUCGGCUUCCUCAUCUGCAAAGCAUAAAUACGGAAUUACUCACAGCUGUGCUGUGUGCAUUCUCUGUGGGCCUAGCAGGGAAGGGGACAGCCCUGUGGCAAUGGGCAUGACACGGAUGCUCCUGGAAUGCAGUCUCAGUGACAAGUUGUGUGUCAUCCAGGAGAAGCAGUAUGAAGUGAUUAUCGUCCCAACUUUGUUGGUUACUAUCUUCCUCAUCCUUCUUGGGGUCAUCCUGUGGCUUUUUAUCAGAGAACAAAGAACUCAACAGCAGCGUCCUGGACCUCAAGGCAUUGCCCCUAUUCCUCCACCUAGGGACCUAAGCUGGGAAGCAGGACAUGGAGGAAAUGUGGCUUUGCCACUUAAGGAGACAUCCGUGGAAAACUUUCUGGGAGCUACCACACCUGCCCUGGCUAAGCUGCAGGUGCCGCGGGAGCAACUCUCUGAAGUUCUGGAGCAGAUUUGCCGUGGUAGCUGUGGGCCCAUCUUUCGAGCCAAUAUGAACACUGGGGACCCUUCUAAGCCCAAGAGUGUUAUUCUCAAGGCUUUAAAAGAACCAGCUGGGCUCCAUGAGGUACAAGAUUUCUUAGGGCGAAUCCAAUUCCAUCAAUACCUGGGGAAACACAAGAACCUGGUGCAGCUGGAAGGCUGCUGCACUGAAAAGCUGCCACUCUAUAUGGUGUUGGAGGAUGUGGCCCACGGGGACCUGCUCAGCUUUCUCUGGACCUGUCGGCGGGAUGUGAUGACUGUGGAUGGUCUUCUCUAUGAUCUCACAGAAAAACAAGUAUAUCACAUCGGAAAGCAGGUCCUUUUGGCGCUGGAAUUCCUGCAGGAUAAGCAUUUGUUCCAUGGGGAUGUGGCAGCCAGGAAUAUCCUGAUGCAAAGUGAUCUCACUGCUAAGCUCUGUGGAUUAGGCCUGGCUUAUGAAGUUUACACCCGAGGGGCCAUCUCCUCUACUCAAACCAUACCUCUCAAGUGGCUUGCCCCAGAACGGCUUCUCCUGAGACCUGCUAGCAUCAGAGCAGAUGUCUGGUCUUUUGGGAUCCUGCUCUAUGAGAUGGUGACUCUAGGAGCACCACCAUAUCCUGAAGUCCCUCCUACCAGCAUCCUAGAGCAUCUCCAAAGAAGGAAAAUCAUGAAGAGACCCAAUUGCUGCACACAUACCAUGUACAGUAUUAUGAAGUCCUGCUGGCGCUGGCGUGAGGCUGACCGCCCCUCACCUAGAGAGCUGCGCUUGCGCCUAGAAGCUGCCAUUAAAACUGCAGAUGACGAGGCUGUGUUACAAGUACCAGAGUUGGUGGUACCUGAACUGUAUGCAGCUGUGGCCGGCAUCAGAGUGGAGAGCCUCUUCUACAACUAUAGCAUGCUUUGAAGAGUCCCAGGCAAGAAACAUUCAUGCAUGAUUAUAUGUUCUUGGAAUCAAUUCCUCUAAGAACAGAGAAUGGUCUUUCCAAGGGACACAAAGGAAGAAAUGGGACAUGGAUUCUUGAUCUUCCUUUACACAUUUCUCGGGAAAUCUGAAAUGAUGCUGGAUGAGACUCUACACAUCCUGAGCUAAGACAUACUGUCAGUCUCACUUCUGCUGUCCCAGUCCUAGAAAUCCUGGGUAGAAGUGGUGGACCUGUGCAAAGGAGGUUUUAGAACUCCGCAGUAUUUGUUGGGGCAUGGCACAAAUAAGCUCAUCCCUCCCAUCCUAGGCUAGUUUCCUCUGGAACCACAUUUUUAUCUAGAUGAAAAUUUGGAAUGAAAUGAAGGAAUAGAAAUCCAAUAAAAGAGUUGAAGGGAAAGAAAAUUUAAGGUUCUUCUUGCUCAGGAUUACAGAUAUGGACCAACACCUCCUUCAAGAAAAGGUGGUAGGACACAAAGUUCUUCAGUCCUGAGACCUACAUGUGGGGUUGGAGGAGAACUAUAACGGAAAAACCUCUGAGUUUCACCUUAGGUAUAGAUAAAAGAAAGAUGGUCCCCUUUUAUCUGAUUCUGAGACAGGUAAAUUCUGUUUGUUACUACGUUUAAUUAGAAGGUGGAGGAGUCAUUUCAUGAUUAAGAACAUUCAACAUGUAUUGUUCAUUAAGCUAGCUUCCUAGUUCCGAUUAGACUAAGGAGACUAAGCCUAGAGAGUCAAUGUUAGAACAGUGAAAAGAAUUCUGUGUGUGUGUGUGUGUGUGCACAAUAAAUAGGAAAUGUAGAAACCAAGCAAGAAGCCUUAGUAGCUCAGUCUUUAACAAGGGCUAGAAGAGAAUGUAAUCUGAUAUGGAAGGAUAGCAGCUUCUAAUUUUCAAUCAUCUGUUGAUAUACUGUGAAACUUAUUUUAUUAAAUUAAUAUUUAUUAAAUGGAAAUAUGCUUUUCUGGUUUAUAACUACUAAAAAUAUCAUAGGGAGGAUAAAAGUGAAUAAGUGAAAGUUAAUGUCAAUAGAAAAAUUCAAGAGAUAAUGUACAAUGUCAGAAAAGGGAUUCUUUAUGUGUAAAUGGGGAUAAUACCUAUUUCACAAGGUUGUUCUGAGGAUUGAUACGUUUUGAGUAUGUAUUUGUACACUAUCUGGCACAUACGCGCUCAAUAAACGUGUUUCUCCUUUUCUUUUGCCCUUCCUAA